AUGAUGCUGUGGGCUUGUGCAGGUGUUCCGCUUGGGGUGUACAACAUCACCAAGAACUUCAACGUUGCCCUGCGCAUCCAGCCCCAGAUUCUGACGUUUCUGAGCCUGGUUACCUGGGCUCAGUCCAUGACAUCAAUCACUAACACGGGGCUCAAACAACAGAAGUGGCCCGUUUCUCGCUGUCUUUUGGUAGCCACUCCCAUCGCUCUUCUCAUGGCCGCUACACAGGCUGCCCUCAUCUUUGCUCUCCGAGCAGCUCAUUCCUCGCAUCUCACGUGGCCGGACACCCUCAUGGCAGUUCUCUCAGCUGCUCUCCUCGCUGCUGGCGUGCUCAGACACUACUGGGAUAUCUACGUCCAUCGAUCAGUCCGCGGGAUCUCAUUCAUCUUCGUGGGAAUCGAUGCCGGCGGCGAUCUAUUCUCCCUCAUCUCAGUCUUCUUCCAGCCGGAACUGGACGUCCUCGGCAUGGUGAUAUACGGGACUGAGUUGGUCCUCUGGAUAGGCGUGUUCGCUUGUGGCGGAUAUUUCAACCUUCUCCCCUGGAUCAAGCAGCAUUUCGAGACGCCAUCGCAAUCAGAGCUUCACGAGGGUCGCAGUUCCCAUGAGUUAUCUGCAAAUCCCAGUUCCAGGUCACCCCGCGCCAUCUCCCUUCGGAACAUUCCGUCGUCCACGUCCGUCUUCAGAACGCCCUCAAGUGAGUUGGCGGUUGCACGAGCUAGAACUGGCUUUCAUGACACCGCAGAUGAGAGCGUCACAGUAUCACCGAGAUGA